CUUCUACUCCUCCUAGUGGCACUAUUACCUUUGGCCCUAGAGUUCGGAAAUCCAGGUUGGAUAGUUAUUUUGUGCCGCGUAGUACUCCUGGGGCACAACCCUCGCUUGAGGGCAUGGGUUGGAACAAGGAGGUUCAUGAUGCUGCAAGAAAACAAAUUUGCAAGUUUUGGUAUUUUUGCAACAUUCCAUUUAUUGCAGCUAGGUAAUUCUUUUUGAUUUGAUUGCUUUAAGUUUAAAAGUAAAUUUAUAGUUUGAAGUUGAACUCUACUUUGUCUAAUCAUAAUCUAUUUGUGACAGGUCUCCUUAUUGGCAAGGCAUGGUAGAUUCCAUAACCAUUUGUGGUGCGGGGUUUAAAGCCCCUACCAAUGCUGAGUUAAAUGGCCCCCUCUUGUUACAAAUGGUUGAGGAUAUGAAAGUUGAGCUAGAGGACCACCGACAGUCUUGGAGCCAAAAGGGUUGCACCAUCAUGACAGAUGGUUGGACGGAUAGGAGGAAUAGAACACUCCUAAAUUUUCUUGUUUCCUGCGGAGGAUCCACCAUGUUCUUGAAAUCUAUUGAUGCUCCCUCACAUGUGAAAAAUGCCACAUACUUAUGUGAGGCUAUUGAGGAAGUCAUACAAGAGGUGGGGGAAGAAAAUGUGGUGCGGGUGGUGACAGAUAAUGUAGCAAGUUAUGUUGCUGCAGGUAAACUUUUGAUGGAGAGGCACCCGAAAAAUUUUUGGUCUCCUUGUGCGGCCCAUUGCCUUGACCUCAUGUUGGAGGAUAUUGGUAAGCUUGAAUGGGUGAAAUCAAUAGUUGAAAGGGCCAAAAAUAUCAGCAAGUUUAUCUACAAUCAUGCAUUGGUCCUUAGCAUUAUGAGGCAAUACACGGGGCAAAAGGAGUUGGCUCGUCCUGGUAUCACGAGGUUUGCCUCAAACUUCCUCACACUGAAAUCCUUGAUAAAAUCAAAGGCGGCUUUGAGGCGUAUGUUUGUUGGUGAGGAGUGGACUUCCUCAUCCUAUGCUACGACCACUGCAGGGAUAGAUGUGGUAAAUUGCAUUUUUGAUGAGCCAGGUUUUUGGACCCCCUGUGGAGAAACCGUGCAGGUAAAUUUAUUACAAUUUAACAUUUAGUAUCUACUAUCUAGUAUCUACUAUUUAGUAAUUUAAUUUUAAUUUAUUAACAAUUUAACUUUGCAAUUUUUCUUUUUUUUUAAUUUAAUUUGUGACUUAAUUGUUUUUG